CCUACAAAUGAUACCCACAAGAAAUACUUCAAAAAAGAAAACCUAAACCAAAAACAAACAAAAAAAACUCAAAAAAUGCCCCAUAAAAAGAUGAAGUAUUUGAAAGACGUGGUACUUGACGCAGAAGAACUAGACCCAUGGGAAAUUCCCUUUCCCUUGCCGAAGCAUACAGAUCCGUCAAUGUGCCGAGAUACGUUUCUCAAGGGUCUGAUAAGGGAACACGAGUCGCGAGUUGCAUCAUUAGUGGUCAGAUCGACAAUGCGUGGCGUUUCGAUAGUCAACAAGCCUGUGGAGCUUCACAACACAGAUGUAAAGGAAGCCGAAGCUAUGGUGGUUCUGGAGUUGGCCAAAAAGCGCCAGAGAUGGUCCAUGAUGAGGACAGUGGACCAAGUUUUGGCUAGCAUCAGAAUGAGGUCAAGCCUAAUAGCCGAUCUGAUUCGCCAAAUCCAAAAGGCGGCCAUCGAGUUCCUCUCGGUUCGUCUGCUCAAGCAAUUGCGACUCUUUUCGAUACCCUGGCCAGGCGAACUGGACGAGACACCAAACAAUCUCUUUAGCUGGUCUGUGGAUGACUUCUUUUUGCGACUGAACGUGAAUCAGAUCUACCUCGAUGUCCUCAAUCGGGAGCGAAGUGUCGAGGAUCUUGAUUGCGUUAAGUUCUGUAAGGAUCUCAGCGAAAUGGAACUUCUUAUACAUAAAAUCAGGGAUGAUUUUCGAGACGACGUAGACCUCCACGAAAACAGCAUUCAUUUGUUAAAAAGGGCCGACUACCACAGGAAUGCUUCUUGGGUAAAGAGCCUCAAUGAUAAUCUCCGAGAUAUCGCGUCAAAUGGGUCAAACGCUUUGCUCUUUGAGCAAACUAGCGCCUUAAAGACGUUAUGUCGUAACUCAUCGGUGAUGGUAAUGUUCGAAAGUGAGUCAGCCCAGGAUCCGAUUGAAAUGCGAUACCAAAUCAAUUGGAUUAGAAGCUGUACGGAUCAGCGUCUCUUCCGGAUAAGCGGAAAAGAGGAGGAGGUAAAAAAAGAACUCCACGACCUGGAGGUACAAGCAUUGCAGGAUGAAUCGGUGCAGCAUUCCUCAGAACUCAUGUAUUCGUUGGAGGUGGAAAAGCUUAGGCAAAGCAUUGAAAAGUGGCAGGAUCGACUUGAUACCGAUUUGGAGAGCGCCGACGUCAGGUGCACCGUAUCUAGGCUUGCACUGCAAAAGGUUAAGGACGAUCUCAAGUUUUACAUGGAACAGAAGGAACUGUAUCUUAGGCGAAUAGAUGAAGUGCAAGCUAUCAUAGAUCAGGAAAAGAUGACCCGCGAAGAAAGGGAAUUAGCUGCCUUAAAACGAAAGUCGAGGGGGUCUUUAAGAAAGUCUGUAAGAAAUUCCGAAAAGAACUUUCAAAGGAAGUCUGAAAGGAAAUCUGAAAGAAAGUCUGAUAGGAAGUCAGAAAGCACCUCAGGAAGGAAGUCUAAUAUAAAAGCUGAAAGAAAAUCCGAAACGAUGUUGGCGAGAAAAUCUCACAGAAUAUCCAGAAAUUCUAAAGUUCAAUAGCAGAUACCACAUUUCGGCCCAUUCUACUUAUAUAUGUUUCCAACUUACCAAAGGUUUCAAUAAAAUACUUCUUAAGCUUCA